CUUUGGGGUCCAAGGUCCACGGGUGAAUGCAUAUGGGGUGAGCCACACUUUAUUAGAUAAUCCAAGCUGGAUUGGAAAUUUAUGGCUUUUAGCCACAUUUGACCCGCCGCCUGAUGGAAUGCUACCUCCGGAAGGUCUACCCAAUGUACAACUUCGCCUUAGAUUUACGUCGCCAGCUACAUACUAAACAAUAAAACAACAACUCUUCGCUACCUUAUUAGCCUUCGCGUAUCGGUACCAAACAGCUAUAUUUCUUGCCCCGCCUCAUACGGCUGUUUGGAUCAAACAAAAUGACUGAACCAGCUCCGCGCAUAGCGAUUAAAUUUGGUACAUCGUCAUCCUCGAAGUCUGUCAACGGAGCUAAGAAACAAGCACAUUCCCAGCCGCCAUCAACAUUAGGCAAACGUCAGCGACCACACGUUCUCAGCCAUGAUUCCGAUUCCGGGAGCGACGACGAAGCUCGACACGAAGUAAUCACAACUAUUGGUGAUGAUGUAUCUGAAUCUGAAGCUAAGAGGCGAAAUCUGAAGACGGACAAAUCGGGACGCGCCAACGCACCCUACGUGAUAACCGGCCACAAGAACCGUGACUGGAAGGCUGAGUUGAAAUCCCAGAAGAGCACCAGGGACAGUUUACCAUCAAGGCGGGCGGAAUCUGGCGACUCUGCAGAAAGAGAUCCGGCCGACCAGGACAAGCAAAUCAAAUGGGGUCUUACCGUGACGAAGAAACCAGUACAAGAUGAUCCUGACAAUCCAGAUGAGAGUCCGUCAAGAGACGAAGGGUCUACAACAGCCGACCGUGGAGUAGUCCAUCCCAGCGAUGAAUCUGAAGUUCCUGCGAACGAAGAUACCGAUGCUAUAGAUGCUCUCUUGGGCAAGAAACGAAAAUUUACGAAGGACCUCGUUAUCGAAGGCAAAUCAAGCCAUAGCACACCCACGACGCUUUCGGAACAAGAUGCUUACCGUCGUAGAAUGGAAGAAGCUGCAGAGGUAUCGACCAUAGACGAGUACGAUCAGAUACCUGAGGGCGAAUUUGGAGCGGCCAUGCUACGCGGAAUGGGUUGGAACGGCGAGGAGCGCGGUGCGAAGCCAAAAGAAGUCAAAAAGCGGCCAAAUCUGAUGGGACUUGGUUCUAAGGAGGAUGAAGAGAUUAGGAAGGGAGAGUUGGCUCGAAAACACGGGCAUCGUGAACACAGACCCCGUCUUAAUGAGUAUAGGAGGGAUAAAGAAAAGGAGAGGCGAGACCGUGAUGAUCGCCGUGGUGAUAGCUACAAGUCUGAACGCGAACGCGAGCGACGAGAUUACGGCCAUAGUCAUCAUCGUGAUCGAGACCGGGAUAGCCAUAGACAUUCCGAACGCAGUUACAGGCGCUGAAAGAGCUGGCUAAUGACUAGUCAGUUCGAUCGAAUGGAAUACCGGCGGCUACUCAGCGUACCACGCUAUACUGACUACACAAUAUCGCCUCGUUCCUAUAUCUACAACACGACUUCCCAUUAUUGGUGAAUGUUGGAUUUCUUAGGCUGGGUCCGUUA